CUAAGGCAUCAAUGCCAACCUCGUGGGUUCCAGAACCCAGCAUAUUUUACUGUCUUUAAAGCCACCUAUGAAUUUUUCACCCUCUCCGGGGGUUUGGAUGCAAUAAAACCUUGAACAUUGCACAGUGAAAAAUUCAUAGCCGAGCUAGUGAUUAAUUGAAUGGAAGGUUCAACGACAAACAUCAGCCAGAUAAGUCCACCUUCAGCCAUGUCUUCAGGAAGAAGGUCUUCCUCCAUAGCUUCAGAGCUAGCCAGACACCGGGCCAAACUAGAAGCGGCAAAAGUGCGGGAAAAAUAUCUUCAACAAGAAUAUGAAAUGGAAAGACAAAAAGCCAUACUUGACCGAGACCUUAAGGUACUUCAGUGCAAAAGAGAGAUGGAGGAAGCACAGAUUGAAAUGAACAGUCUAGAAGGUUUAGAUGAAGUACCUGAUGAGAAUUUUACAGAUAAAGAAUACCAAAACCUUCAGCAAGUUGCUCAGGAGAGAGUCGAGGAGUUUGUACAACAGCAGUCCGAGUUGAAGACUGGAUCAGAGAAAAAGGAACAUAGUGUCGUACCAAACAACAUUACACUGUCUCCUAUGACGCCAGCAUUCGUUCCAAAACAAGACUCGAGCAAUGGACAUAUUAAUGAAGUGUCUAAGUUCCUCGCAAAGAAAGAUUUAUUGUGGUGUCGACUCACAAAAUAUGACGACUGCCCAGAAUACUUCACAGGAUGGAAAACAAGUUUUAAAAACAUUGUGAGUGAUCUGAACUUAACAUCUUUGGAAGAGAUAGAACUAUUGAAUAAGUGGUUGGGACCAGAAUCAGCGAGAUAUGCACAAAGCAUAAGGACCGCCAGUGUGAAUCCGGAUAUCGCUUUGGCCCGACUAUGGGAACGCUUGGAGGACAGAUACGGUAGGCCUGAAAUGAUUGAGGCGGCACUAAAAAACAAACUUUCAGCCUUCCCGAGACUCAGUAUUAAAGACAACAAACGAUUAUACGACCUCGUGGAUAUUGUGUCAGAAAUAGAAGCAGCAAAGGAAAUUCCACACCUCUCUUCGCUUUUCGCAUACUUUGACUCAUCAAGUGGAGUGAACCCCAUCGUGUCAAAACUUCCUUAUCAAAUCCAAGAGAAGUGGACUAGGCAUGCAAACAGCUUUAAAGAAAGUCACUACAUGACCUUUCCACCCUUCCAAGUUUUCUGUAAAUUUCUCCGUGACACGGCACGAAUGAAAAAUGAUCCAUCCUUUUACUAUGACAAUGUGAUUGAGAACGCCAAAGUUGAUGGAAGUCGACGAAAGCCAACGGGUGCAUCAUCUGUCGCUACAAGGAAAACUGACACAAAUGCUUCAAGGCCCAUGGACAAGACGGAACACACACAACUGUGUCCCUUACAUGAGACUGGCCAUUCACUGAACUCUUGUCGUGCCUUCCAGAAGAAAACUGUUCAAGAGAGAAGAGAAUUCCUUCGAUCAAAGGGAAUUUGUUUUAAAUGCUGUGAAGAGAAACAUCUGGCCAAAGACUGUCAGAAAAGAAUGAAGUGUAACAUCUGCAAGGAGCCAGGAAAUGCCACUGCCCUGCAUGUCGAGAAACGCGCAAGCGACACUGAAACUGAUAGCCAGGUAAAGGCCGUAUGUACACAAAGGACUAUGUGCAGUAUGGUCAAAUAUCUGCCCCCGAUUUCAACCAAUUUUUAAAUAGUAUCGUAUAAAAAUAAAAUCUUCACAAAUCAUUGUAUGGAGGAUGCCUAUAACUUUAA